CUGAUCACCACUGUUCUUUAGUAAAGAAAUGGACUAUAAUCCAGUAGUAACCGAGCAAUUGAUGUAAUGCCCAGGAUGUGGUGCUCCCACUCCUCCCAAUGCCGCCAACAUGUGUGUCAACUGUAUUCGCAAUGAAGUCGACAUCACUGAAGGCAUUCCUAAGCAAGUCACACUUCACUUUUGCCGAAACUGUGAACGUUACUUGCAACCUCCUCAAAUUUGGGUCAAGGCCGAGCUUGAAUCAAGAGAAUUGUUGGCUCUAUGCUUGAAGAAACUAAAGGGUCUCGGUAAAGUUAGAUUGGUCGAUGCCGGUUUCAUAUGGACAGAACCACACAGUCGAAGAGUCCGAGUGAAAUUGACAAUUCAAAAGGAGGUUUUUGCAAACACCAUUUUGCAGCAAAUUUUCGAAGUAGAGUAUGUUGUGUCUUAUCAACAGUGCGAGGAAUGUACCCGGUUAGCUGCCCAGAACACAUGGAAGGCUAUUGUACAAGUUCGUCAAAAGGUUGAGCACAAGCGAACCUUCUUAUACCUCGAGCAACUUAUUUUAAAGCACAACGCAUACAAGGACACCACCAAUAUCAAGGAAGUUCGUGAUGGUAUUGAUUUCUACUACGGUCAACGUGGUCAUGCUGUAAAGAUGUUGGAAUUCCUUUCUGCCGUCGUGCCAAUCAAGUACAAAACAAGUGAACAGCUUAUCUCUACUGAUAUUCACAGUGGCUCAAGCAAUUACAAAUUCACAUAUUCAGUUGAACUUUCUCCUGUGUGUAAAGACGAUAUUGUCUGCUUGCCACGGAAACUUGCACAUAGUCUUGGAAAUAUAACACAAUUAGUCAUUGUUACUCGAGUUGGAAACUCUCUACACGUCUUGGAUCCCAACAGUUUGCAAACCGCCGAUAUAUCAUCCAAUGUCUACUGGAGAGUACCAUUUACAAGCUUAGCGUCCAUGAAGAACAUGAUAGAGUACUAUGUCUUGGAUGUAGAGCCUCUUGGUCCUGUCCGUGGAAAGAAUGUUUUGGCGGAUGUUCAUGUUGCUCGUAUGUCUGACUUUGGACGCAACGAUACAGCUUUCAUUGCUAGAUCUCAUCUUGGUGGUCUUUUGAAUCCCGGUGACUCUGUUAUGGGAUACGAUCUUUCUCGCAGCAACUUUAACGAUGACAACUUCAACGCUCUCAAUCAAAACGAAUUGACCGAUGUCAUCCUUGUCCGUAAGGCGUAUCCCAACCGUCGCAAGAAGACCAAGCAAAGAAGCUGGAAGUUGCAGCAACUUGGCAAAGAAGAAGAGGAGAUGCUUCCUCGUAAGCAAGACCAAGCUCGUAUCGAGAAUGAUCUUGAAUUGUUCAUGCGUGAUCUUGAAGAAGAUCCAGAAAUGCGUUCCACUAUCAAUAUUUUCAAGAACCAAGUUGUGCAAGAGAACAAGGAUAUUAGCAUGGAUGAUGAAGAGGAAGACUUCGAAGAGGAAGACUUCCCUGAAGUGUCUUUGGAGGAAAUGUUGGAUGAAAUGAAUCUCCAGGAUGGAGAACCAGACGAAGAAUUUGUAGACGAGGAUGUCAUGAUGUAGAUUUGAUAUUCCUUCACUGUAAAUUACUUUUUGUCUUUUAAUAAUCUUGCAUUUUGUUCCAUCAAUGAAAAAUUAUAUAAACUGUUUGGUAAAAUCAUUUCACCAUUUUGCACCAUUCGUUG